GUUGUUUUUUUUUAGAUGGUGUUCGAGGGAUUUGGGGAGAGUAUUUAUUUUGGAGCAGCGGAAAUCAAUAAUAUUCUCAAUUUCACUUAGAGCAAAACUUCGGCUUUAUAUUUUAUGCUUUAAAUGGGUACUGAGGAGAAACUGGUUAGGAGUAUGUGGGGCCUUUGUUCUGCAUAAGCAUGGAUGUGUUGUUCGGAGUCAGUUUUUGGGUUAAGUAAUGUGGGCUUAAAAAUUGUAAACCCCUGACAGCUCAUUUAUACACCCCACCACACACAGACUAGGCAUGGGCCUGUAUGAUAACGUUGUGUGAAAAUGUCGCAAUGAAUAUAUUUACACAAAAAAAAAAUUAAAAAUAAAAUAUGUGAUUUGAUCUGCCUUUAUUAAAAACAAAAAAAAGCAUUUUUUUCUCAGCUUUUGCUAAAAUAGUAUACAGGAUAUCAUGACAUUUUUAUAAACAUUGGCUAAAUAUUUUUAGAAAUUCUUCCAUAUUUUCUAAAAAGGCAGCAGCCUUUUUUCAGCCAGCUCACCGGCAGUGUGCAACAAGUAGUAGAGAAGAUGCAGAAAAAAUUUUAGACAUUCAAACACAGGAACAGUGAAAUUAUCCAUGUAGGUCUCUGUCUACCAAAAAGAACAGACCAAUCAAGCAACUCUAAAGAAGACUAUUUGAUUGGUUUGUUGCUGGGAGGGUUUACACUGUUGACGCCUUAAUUAUUUUAUUUUUAUUUCUUUAACCAGAUCAGCCUAGUAGUCCAAUGCUUUUUGGUAAUGACACCUUUUUCAAACAUGUCUUCUGUCUGAAGGUGUAAUAAAUGUGAAAGACUGUUAAGGCAAAAGAAAAAUAUGUAAGAAAAUCUACUUUUAUUUGAAAGAUGAUUGUACAGUUUGUAUAUAUAUAUUUACUUAAAACCUGUAAUUUUAAGGACUUUUGGUUCGGCCCAAACUCUGUGAUGUUUUCUUGGAAGAAAAAAGUGCCAAAAACACAGACUUACAAGUUUUCUUCUUUGCUACAGUGGCCCUUUUGUGCCAAACAUAACAAAAAUAAACAUUCUCUAAAAUAAUAUUAAAGCUACUGAAAACACAGCAUUUAAAAAAAAUAUAAGAUGAUAUAAUAAAAAUGUCAGAACGAAACUGCAAAAAAGAAUUAUAAAUUCAAAGUGUGCCGCCUGUUUGGCCAUUUUGUUCCUGCACUAUUGGUCGUACUGUUUCAUGACUUUCUGCAAUAUACAAAAAAAGCUACAAACAAAACUAAACGAUGCUUAUGUGCGUGGGAAUGAAACGGGUAAAAAGGGAUGUAAAGGUGCACAAUUGGUGAAGGGACAAAUGAACUUAGUUAUUUGUAAAUGUAUUUCUAAUUAAAUCUUUCCUACGCGUUUUCUGAUUAUGGAAUUAUAUUUUGAAUCUUUUACUGUAAAAAAAAGUACACUAUCAACUUUUUCAUCAAUAUUUGGUUUUCUGUCACUAGAAAGGAUGGAUUUACUGUUGUCUAGCCUCAGUCUCAGAUCUGUUCACUCGUGUACUUUUUUUCAUUUUUGAACUUUUUUUUUUUUUUUUUUUUUUUUGAAAGCAUCCCUGAAGAUGCAGUUCUGUGUGAGGCGGAUGCAGCUUUGCGAGUCCACAAGUGGUAAAUUCUGUAUUUGCUCUCAGAUAUUUGUAGUAACUCCAAGUGUUAAGUAAAUAAAGUCUGUGUCACAGCCCUGAGUCCGUGUGCGUGUGUGUAUGUUUUUGUUUGUUUCUUUGGAGGAGCACGGUAUAUGUAAGGAGAUGAUGCAUUAUGAUAAAAGGUGAAGCGUCUGCCUGUUGCUCUGUUAAGUGCAUCCGUUGCUAUCUGGCUAGCACCGGAAAUGUGUUCUCCUAUAAUGUAAUAUUGAAAGCCCACACGGUUUCCCAUCACAGCACAGCCCUCUGUCACAUGGUUUAGUUAGUUGGGUUUCAUCCAAGGUAUCAGCAGGUCGGGAACUGAACGCACAGAAUAACGGCAGCUACAGAACAUCCAGAAAACGAGUCAGGCGGAUAUUUUUUAUUUUUUAUCUAUUUUUUUAAUUCCACAAUCUAUUUUUCUUUCUCUUUCAAAACGUUUUGAAGAGGAGGGGGAGAAAAUCCAGCAUAAUAAACCCGCCACGCCCGGAGCUCUGCUGUAGGGUUUGUAAAGACUCGCUACGCAAAAGUUGUUACACAAACUAUGUUUCCUCUUCACUAGAGAGAGAGAGAGAGAGAGGGGAACUUAACAGUUGUUCUCGCACUUCCUCAAAUUGCCUUGCUCUUGCUUCCAGGUCAGAAUAAGAGUGUUUUGAAGUUGCUCAAAUGAGACAUUUGGCAGUCUAAAAUAAUGCAGAUUUAAAGGUGCGCGGGGCUCUCCGUUCCUCACUUUUGCUGUGCGUGUCUCUGCCAUGUAAGGUGAAGCGUUUUCCUGGAGCAAUGACGCUGAGCUCCAUGGGGACCUGCUGCCUCAGUCCAGAGGCCAAAGAAGCUCGGAGGAUCAACGCUGAGAUUGAGAAGCAGCUCCGCAAGGACAAGAAGGAUUCCCAACGCGAGUUUAAGCUCCUGCUGCUGGGAACUGGCGAGAGCGGGAAGAGUACCUUCAUCAAGCAGAUGAGGAUCAUCCACGGCCGCGGAUACUCUGAGGAGGACAGGAGAGGCUUCACCGGACUGAUUUAUGAGAACAUCUUCACAGCAAUGCAGGCCAUGAUCCAAGCCAUGAGCACAUUACAGAUCUCUUACAAGUAUAAGCACAACCAGGACAACGCCGACUUGAUCAGUGCCGUUGAUGUGGAAAACGUGAAAACGUUAACAAACCCGUACGUGGAGGCCUUGGAGAGCCUGUGGAAUGAUCCGGGAAUUCAGGAAUGCUACACUCGGCGGAGGGAAUACCAGCUCUCAGACUCGGCUAAAUACUAUCUCAGUGACUUGGCUCGAAUUGCUGAUUCCGCUUAUCUGCCAACCCAGCAAGAUAUCCUGAGGGUCAGAGUGCCUACAACAGGAAUAAUAGAGUAUCCCUUUGACCUGGAGAAUGUGGUGUUCAGGAUGGUGGAUGUGGGUGGCCAGCGUUCUGAAAGGAGGAAGUGGAUCCACUGCUUUGAGAAAGUCACGUCCAUCAUGUUCCUGGUGGCGCUCAGCGAGUACGACCAGGUCCUCGCCGAGUCCAGCCAUGAGAAUCGGAUGGAGGAGAGCAUGGCCUUGUUCGAGACGAUCAUAAAAUAUGAAUGGUUCAGCGAUUCCUCGAUCAUUCUGUUUCUCAACAAGAUGGAUCUGCUGAAGGAAAAAAUCAUGUAUUCACAUUUGGUGGACUACUUCCCAGAGUUUAAGGGUCCCCAGCAGGACGCGGAGGCUGGACAAAAGUUCAUCCUGGACAUGUUCCUCAGUCUCAACGUGGAUGAUGAGAAAACGAUCUACCCCCACUUCACGUGCGCCACAGACACAGAGAACAUCCAAAUUGUCUUCAAGGACGUGAAGCACUACAUCAUGCACUUAAACCUGAUAGAACACAACCUGAUGUGAGCGCCUGGCGCUACCGCUGUAAUUUAAUCGUCUCAGCGCAGCCUCCCCCCCCCCACUGCCACCCUGGACUGGGAGGGCUCUGCAGCAUCUCUGUCCGCUGCUGCCGCUGCCGCCGCCGCUACUGCUGUUCCUGCUGCUCCACACUUUAAUCCAAAACAGGAAAUUGAAGCGCUUCAGAGCUUGUCAUCGAAUGACUGUACAGCCGAUGCAUUUCAAAUUUUCUUGUUAGACUCUGUAAGUGGAUGUCUUCGGCUAUUACAAAGUGUGACCUGCCAAUUAAAGUGCUGGCUUUCAGCGGAGUCUAAUAUAGCGUGCACUCUGGAAUUUAUCGAGCGCUACGUGGACAUUUUGGAGCGGUGGAAAUGCACACUGGCAGAUUAAUAGGGGGAAACAUAUUUUACUGGCUUCGAAUGCCUCGGAGGAAUUGUGAUGCAGUAGAUCUUCCUUCUGGGAAGCUGCGGGACUGGCGGCUCUGUAAAGACCAGCAUCACUAAAGUGGUGUUUGUCUUUAAGGUUUGAGUUUGAAGCUUAGAUUAGGGCUUGACUAAAAGGGAACAGGUCAGGGAGAACACUAAUAACACCGUUCAUGUAAAAGAGCACAGCGCAUGUUGCUGCAUUGCUGCAUGAGCUUCAGUUAGUGAAGUCUGGAUCAGCACUUUGGAUCUCCCUGUGGUGACUUUGCUAAAGAAAACUUUUUUCGGGGGCGGCAUCCAUGUUUUAUGUUUGGUGAGGGGGGGGGGCUUUAAAGGGAUAUCCAGCAUUUUGGAGCCAAUUUACUGGGUAGUAAAAAAAAAAAAAAUCCCAUUCCUUCAGGGAUUGUUCUUUUUUUUUUACUCUGAAGUCUUUAAAGUUGCAUAAUUUUUUUAAUUUGAUUAGAUUUUGCACAUGCUGUAUGAUAUGGUGGUGCUUUGGUUUGACUUUGUCUUAUUUCUCUGAGCAUUAAAGUCAGUGUUAAAAGGUAAAAUCCUGAAGUGAAAAUUAUUUUUGAUCAAAUGUAUCAAAGAGAAAGUACUUAUGUUUACACAACCAUGUUCUUCUUAACAAUAAAAGUGUGAGUUGGAAUCAGA